GUCCCCCUGUUAGUCCUGCAAUUUGUUUCCCGCAGCCACAAAACUACCAUGACCGAAUAUCAAAGGCGCAGAUCAAUCCUAGCCUGCGAUCUGUGUCGUUUAAGGAAAAUUAAAUGCGAUGCUCGUCAACCCCAGUGUGGUCCCUGCGAGCUGAACGGUGCCGAGUGUAUCUACCGUGCCGUCCCUGAGGCACGUCCGUCAAGGCUGGAAGUUGAUAUUUCCGAGAUCCGCCAAAGGCUAGACCAAAUAACAGCCCUCUUGACAUCUGAUCGUCAUAUCGAGGAGAACCAGCCGGUUCACCAUGCGACACCAUCUCCACGCCCGGCGAUCGACAUAUCCGAGACCGGCCACGUAAGCCUGGCUGACCGUGAUGGAGUCUACAUUGAAUUUCCCUUCAUGAUCAUCCAGCGCAGGUCCAUGAUGCGCUUGCUCGAUCUUGACCUUGAAUUAGCAAGAUGGCUUAUCAACAUGGAGCGCGCUAUCGCAGGGUAUCCGGCGUUGGUUGGCGCGACACCUGGUUUCAGUACGUCGAGGUUGUUAAUGAUGCAGUCUCACCGACUGACCACCGACUUGGCCAGUUUCUCUGAGCAUGUCCAUACGUGGUAUCCUCUCUUCUCUGUCGAGUUCUCUGACAUAUUCUUCUACACUAUUGGCAACGUGGGCAGUUCACCUGUCAAUUCAUGUCUCGCCAUUCUAGUUCUUGCCAUUGGCUGCAUGGCGGGUAAUGGCAAUGCUGCUGUUCCUCUCGAUAGGAGACCGGAACUUGUGUACAUUCACGAGGCCACCUCAUUCCUCCAAAACGUCUUCUUGGAACAUUCUAUUCCCGCUCUACAAUGCCUCGUUCUCUUUGCGAUAUACCAUUUGCAUCUUCUUCAGCCAUGCCAGGCACACGAUUACAUUCUCGCGGCAUCGUCCCGUGUACAAAAUAUGCUACGGAGUCAUCAGUACCCCCCAAACUCUGACUCAGGAGAACUCCUCGGCCGUGCUUACUGGACCAUCCUCCUCAUUGAGAGCGAACUUCUGAUCCAACUUGACCUACCUCAAAGCGGGAUCUGGGCCUUCAAUGACUCUGUUCCUCUGCCAUCAGCCAGCACGGUAUGGCAUUUCCCGCUCCACCCAACCCAGACAGAUACGGCUACUCUUCGAUCAUCGUCACACUUCUCAUCGAUACCGGGCAACGCUCCUGCUGAUAACACUCUUGUGUACUUUGUUGCUGAAAUAGCAAUGCGCCGUAUGCUUCAGCGCUGUACUACAUCUGUGAGGAGGUCUGCCGGCGGGGGUCUACGAUACGCCCCAGUUAUUGCGACUGAGCUAGAGUUGCAUCUUCACGAAUGGUACGAUUACCUUCCACCACUAUUACGAUUUCCCAAAAGCCUGGAUGAUAGGGAUCAUGGAGCUUUACAUCCGAACGCACAAUUUUUACAGGCUCAGUUCUUCGCCUGUAAAGCCUCCAUCUACUGGCCCGCCGUGUACCAAUCCAUUGAGCUUGGCAAGAUUAGCGAUGAGUUAUCCCAGUACUGUGCCAAAUAUUUCAAAGCUUACAUCACAUUCAUCUCUGCGGCUGCAUCCACUUUGAAGAGCUGCCGGGUCAAUAGUUGGACUUUAGCUACAAGUAUCUUUAUCAUAACCAUGGCGGCCCUGAGAGCAAUAACACUUCCAUCUUUCUAUAAAGAGUUCAACAGUGAUGAGCUACGCAACAGCUUUACUCGAGCCAUUCAAGUCUUUACAGAUAUAAGCCCUCAUAUCCCCUCAUUGGCUGCUUUAGGGCAUAUAUUGGACGAACGUGUGGCUGUUAUGCGAAAAGAGACUGCUGGUCACAGUGAUCAUUCAAUACUGAGCUACAGAAAAUGGGGAUCGAGCAAUGGCAACUCACGGAAAAAUUGUCAUACCAUAACGUAGUAGCGGAACGAUAUGCUCCGCACAAGUGAAAGCAAUUGUCCACCUAGUAGUUCAUCCUUGCAUUGUCGGCAGAAGCUCUCAGAAGACGGGAAACGGCCCUGGCUCCUGCCAGAGUCCGUGCAGACUCCGAGGUAAUCGGCAUUGGUAUUAUGCUAUCUGCAAGUUAGAGAAAUUGAAGGGUGCCGUCGCUCAGGGUUAUGG